AUGCAAACAGUGUUACUACCCUGCAUUGGCAAGAAGAUUCUACGUUGGUUUUUGCCACAAUCUUCAACAUCGUUACGAAUCCGACCAAUCUGGUCAUCCUCCAUUAAGAUGGCCGCAGAAGACUACACUUUUGGACCAUACAAGAUACACCACACUGAAGUGUUCUACUCCACACAUCUCUCCUACGCCAUGGUCAACCUUCGUCCUCUUCUCCCUGACUCUGUAAUCCAGCAAAGUAUGUUGUGGGGUUUCAAGCCCUUGACUGCAUCGGAUAUUUUUAGUGAGUCUGCUUAUAGGGCUUCUUUCCUACAUGUGCUCAUCUGUCCAAAGCGUGAAGUUAAGCGUUUCGUUGAUCUUACUGCUGAUGAGACUUCUGAUUUAUGGCUCACUGCACAAAAAGUUGGUAGGCAGCUUGAGAGCUACCACAAAGCUUCAUCACUUACUUUGGCAAUCCAAGAUGGGCCCCAUGCAGGACAGACAGUACCCCAUGUUCACAUUCAUCUUAUCCCUCGGAAAAGUGGUGAUUUUGAGAAGAAUGAUGAGAUAUAUGACGCAAUGGAUGAGAAGGAGAAGGAAUUGAAACAAAAGCUUGACUUGGACAAGGAGAGGAAAGACAGAAGUCUUGAAGAGAUGAGUCAAGAGGCAGAUGAAUACAGAAAACUUUUCUUAUAA